GGCCACGCACAUCCUGGAGUGCCUCCCACCAGUCAGCGUCGUCCGCUGUGCUUCUGCCUCCCACCAGUCAGCAUCGUCCCCGUUAACCGCUGGUAUAAAUAGGGCGCUAGCGACACCGACCGAGCGUGCGAGCUGCUUCGGAGACGCGCAACUGCAGUAUUAUUACCUUCAUCAUCCUGCUGGCCCUGCGAGCGUCAGAGAGGAUGUUGAUGUUGAUGAUGAUGAUGAAGAAAAAGGCCACCAAGACCCUGGCGGUGGUGGCGCUCCUCCUGGUCUCCGCUGCCAACGGCGUCCUGUCUCCAACGGACCACGACCUCUCCCAGAUGUCACAGCUGGGCGAGAAGUACCUGGAUAAACAGAUUGAGAACGCUAUCAACGGCGUGAAGGAGAUGAAGAGCAUCAUGGACAAGUCCUCCGACGAACACAAGACAUUCCUCAACAGCCUUGAGGAGACCAAGCUGAAGAAAGAGGAGGCCCUGCGCACGGCCCAGGAGAUGGAGACCAAACUGGAGCAGGAGGAGGAGGUGUGCAACGAGACCAUGCGGGCCCUGUGGGAGGAGUGUAAGCCCUGCCUGAAGAACACCUGUGUCAAGUACUACUCCCGCACCUGCAGCAGCGGAGCGGGGAUGGUGGGACGCCAGCUGGACAGGGUCCUGAACAGAACCUCGCCCUUCUCCAUCUGGAUCAACGGGGAGAACGUGGAGACGCUGGAGAAGGAGAGCGAGAGACAGAACCAGCGCUUCCAUAGCCUGGAGGACAAAUACUCUGAGGUGGAAGACGGCGUGGACGGCAUCUUCUCUGACAGCAUGAAGGUGUUCGACCACAUGCGCUCCUCGGACCCCCCGCUCUUCCCCUUCCGCAUGCCCAGCCUGUGGGGGCAGAAGCAACAUCGCGGCCAGCCUGGAGCGCUGGCCGGCGAAAUCCGCGUGGCUCGCUCCCCGCUCCAGGAGCCCAGCUUCCACGGCUUCCAGAGCAUGUUCUUCCCCAUGAUGGAGUCGGCCAGGGACCUCUUCAGCCACAUGGGCCCCAUGGUGGAUGACGAUGGCGACAUGGAGGCCCCCACCUCUGAGGACGGCAGUGUCAACGAAGACGUGGUUAUCACCAAACCUUUCGGCACCGGCCAGAUGACCUGCAGGGAGAUCCGGCGAAACUCGGCCGGCUGCAUCAAGCUCCGUGAGGAGUGCCAGAAGUGCAAGGACAUAAAGAAUCUGGACUGCUCGGGCAGAAAGCCCCUGGAAGGACCCCUAAAGGCCGAGCUGGAGGAGGCCCUGGCCGCGGCCGAGCGCCUGACCCAGCUCUACAGCGCCCUCCUCAGGAGCUUCGAGGAGCGCAUGUACAACACCUCGGCCGUGCUGGACUUCCUGAACCAGCAGUUCAGCUGGGUGUCUAGCCUGGCCAACAGCACCGACGCCAAAAACCCCAUCUUCCAGGUGCAAGCGGUGAUCUCUAAGGAAAGGCAGGAGAAGGGGGGUGAGGAGAACGAGCCGGGCCAGACCGAGGUGUCCGUCCACCUCUUUGACGCCCCCCCUAUGACCCUGCAGGUGCCGGGGGACAUACCCUGGUCCGAACCCAAGUUCACCGAGGUGGUGGCCCAGAAGGCUCUGGAUCGCUAUAAGGAGGGCUCAGUGGUUGUCAAGUAAAGCCAUGCUGGACUUUGACCCACCCACCCCCCCUCUUGCAAUCCCUGCUGACCAUAGAAUGUUCUAGAAAUGACCCACCUUAUUUACAUCCAGAGCUGCAUAGAUAACAAUCCCUGCAAAGAAGACAUUAACCAUACUGACACACCUGGAAUCCCUGCAAAGAACCCUGCACCCCUGCCUGUCUGGCCGAAAACGCCUGGUCACCUGAAAGGCUGGGAGACAUUUUCUGUUCUGCUAUAAAGUAUAGAUAUACAGACCUCUGGCUGCAAAAUCGAUUAUUGAUUUGAUUAUAGAUAAGAUGAAUAACCAGAUACGCAUCUUAAUACUUAAUAAUAAAAGUCAAAUGAACCCCAUUCCAGGUCGAAAUGGAUCUUUGCUCUUCAACUUGGCCGUUAACUACACCUACGUUUUUGUUUCAAGUGAUCAGAGAUAAUGGGUAAUGGCAAAAGCCACCACCCAUUCAUUAUUGACGAGGUUGUGGUCUUAUUAGUUAAACUAAAGCCUAUUUUAUAGAUGGAUAUGCUUUAAUUUUGAUUGAACUAGCUAGCAAGCGGUUUUUUUUCUAAUGCAAAUCAGCGCAGCAGUGAAGGAAUGCUUGGAGAUUAAUAAAAAGCUGCUCAACCUGA